AUGGUACUCAUCGCCAAACUUCUCACUCUGGCUCUAACUGCUGCCGCUACCCCUAUCCUUCGCCGCGACGCAAUCACAGUCGAAGACGACAUAAACCAAAGAAUCGCCCCGGGGAUUUCAACUCUUGGCAAUGACGUUAAUACUUUCCCUUCUAGUGGUUUAGCCGGGGCUGUGGCUAUCCACAACGAUUUCCAGAAUCUUAUUUCUUCGGUGAAUUAUGCAACUACCGAUACCAACAGCGCCGGCUCCUUGGAUGAUGAAACUGGAGCCGCUAUUCUUAAUGAUGUCCAAGCGGUCAUCGAAAGCCUUUCGGGCGUAUUGACUGCCGUUGCAAAUCAAGCAACUGCUUGGUCAAGUGUUCCAGGUGGAGCAGAUUUAGUACUCAACGAUCUCCACACUCUCCACACGGCCUUCGACAAUUUCGCUGAUGCAUUGAUAACGAACGAACCCGCUUCUCUCAGCGACCAAACUACCUCAGUCAAGACUACUAUUGAUGGUGCUUUUAACUAUGCUGAAGCUGCCUACUCCUCCUAG